CCAGUGAAAACGGUUUGUUUAUUUUUUCCACUAAGUUACUAAAGCCGUACAAAUCUGUUUAUUAACUCAGCAAAAGCGUUUGGAGGCCCAAACACGCAGCCGACUGCGAGAGGAAAGCCCGCUGCAGGAGAAACCUUCGCGGUGAAGAUAAACAGUUUCCACCUUGGCUUUUGAUCCCGUUCCCGAGGAGCCAGCUCAAAGAUCACGGCGACAGAAUCUCCCUGUGAGCUGCUAACGAAAACAACCCAUAAAUGUCUGACAGCUGGUCUCCACAAGCAAGGGAACAAUGAGUUGUAAACUGCUGCUGUCCGCCGUGGGGAGACGCAGACUUCACAAAGGUUUUGCUGUGUGUGGGAAGGCCUUUUUGUCUUCUGGUAGUCCAAAGGUGUGUAUUGUUGGAAGUGGUCCUGCAGGUUUCUACACAGCGCAGCAUCUCCUCAAGGCUCACCAAAAUGUCCAAGUAGACGUUUAUGAGCGGCUGCCUGUCCCAUUUGGACUGGUCCGGUUUGGAGUGGCCCCCGAUCAUCCUGAAGUCAAGAACGUCAUCAAUACCUUCACACAAACAGCUAAACAUCCACGCUGUAGUUUCUAUGGUAAUGUAAACGUUGGGGAGGAUGUGAGUGUCGACGAGCUGCAGGAGGCCUACCACGCCAUUGUACUGAGCUAUGGUGCUGAGGGAAACAGAAGCGUGGGGGUUCCAGGAGAAGACCUACCUGGUGUGUAUUCAGCCAAAGACUUCGUGGGCUGGUACAACGGCUUACCCAGCUGUCAGGAGCUGCGUCCUGACCUGAGCUGUGAAACGGCUGUGAUCCUGGGACAAGGCAACGUGGCCUUGGAUGUGGCACGGAUACUGCUGUCUCCUCUGGAUGCGCUAAAGAAAACAGACAUUACCCAGCCAGCUCUUGAAGCUCUGGCACAGAGUCGGGUCUGCAGGGUGCUGAUCGUGGGGAGGAGGGGUCCCAUGCAGGUUGCAAGCACAAUAAAGGAGCUCAGAGAAAUGGUGAACCUGCCAGGAACGAGGCCCGAGAUGGUGGCGGCUGAUUUUGAUGGUGUUGCAGAAGCUCUUAAAGAUUUGCCGAGGCCCAGGAAACGUCUGACUGAGCUGAUGCUGAAGACGGCUCUAGAGAUGCCUACAGAGAAGGAGCAGGAGAGACGCAAAAAGGCCUCCCGCAUCUGGGGUUUCCGAUUCUUCCGGAGUCCCGUGGAAAUCCUGGCCGAGCCCGGCUGCAACAGAGUAGCUGGAGUCCGACUGGCAGUCAACAAGCUGGAGGGUUCAGGAGAAAAAGCCCAGGCUGUGCUGACUGGAGAGGUGGAGGAUGUUCCCUGUGGUCUGGUCAUUAGCAGCAUUGGCUACAGGAGCCUUCCCAUCGAUCCCACGGUGCCCUUUGACUCCCGCAGAGCCAUUGUGCCAAACUCCAUGGGACGUGUUCACAAUGCUGCAGGUUUGUACUGCAGCGGCUGGCUGAAAACCGGCCCUACAGGUGUCAUAGCCACCACCAUGAAUAGCAGCUUUGACACCGCACGAUCGUUGCUGGAGGACGUUGAGUCAGGAAAGCUGGAUGUGUCUUCUGCCAAGCCUGGGUCACACAUGAUCAGCUCUCUGCUGGAAAAACGAGGUGUAAAACCAGUGACCUUCUCAGACUGGGAGAAGAUUGAUGACUUGGAGACGAGGAGGGGCGAGGUCAGCGGGAAACCCAGAGAGAAGAUCCUUACCAUAGCAGCGAUGCUGAAGGUGGCGCAGACAUGACUGAACCAAAUGGGGCAUUUAAUGCAACAUACGAGCAUUUUUAGGGUUAUUCAGCAGGGACCAAUGAUUGACGUGUUGGAAUACACAUUUCAUCUGUUUUUAGUAUCAUUGUAAUGGAACUAAUGACUGAAUUAAAACUGAUCAUACAUCA